UUGAUUCCUUGGGUCUGGGAGUAUGGAGCUGGGCCGCGGCCGAGGGGAGCCUCCAGGUCCUCUGCGGGACUGGGCCCUUCCACAACUCUCUUCCGACACUUGGUCCCUAGACUUGUCGCGGAACCGGUUUCCCGAGGUGCCUGAGGCAGCCUGCCAGCUGGUGUCCCUGGAGGGCCUAAGUCUCUACCACAACUGCCUGAGAUGCCUGAACCCAGCCUUGGGGAAUCUCACAGCCCUCACCUACCUCAACCUCAGCCGAAACCAGCUGUCGUCGCUGCCCCCAUACAUCUGCCAGCUGCCCUUGCGUGUGCUCAUCGUCAGCAACAACAAGUUGGGAGCCCUGCCUCCCAGCAUCAGUGCUUUGGGAAGCCUGCGGCAGCUGGAUGUGAGCAGCAAUGAGUUACAGUCCCUCCCUGCAGAGCUGUGUGGCCUGUCUUCCCUGCGGGACCUCAAUGUUCGGAGGAACCAGCUCAGCACCCUGCCUGAUGAGCUGGGGGACCUUCCUCUCGUCCGCCUGGACUUUUCCUGUAACCGUGUCUCCCGCAUCCCGGUCUCCUUCUGCCGCCUCAGGCACCUGCAGGUCAUCCUGCUGGACAGCAACCCCCUGCAAAGCCCGCCUGCCCAGAUCUGCCUGAAGGGGAAACUCCACAUCUUCAAGUAUUUGUCCACAGAGGCUGGGCAGCGUGGCUCUGCACUGGGGGACCUGGCGCCUUCUCGGCCCCCGAGUUUCAGUCCCUGCCCUGCUGAGGACUUGUUUCCGGGCCGUCGGUACGAUGGAGGGCUGGACUCGGGCUUCCACAGCGUUGACAGUGGCAGCAAGAGGUGGUCUGGGAAUGAGUCGACCGAUGAGUUUUCGGAGCUGUCAUUCCGGGUCUCAGAGCUGGCCCGGGGGCCCAGAGAACGGAGGGAGGAUGGCUCUGCUGACGGAGACCCUGAGCAGAUAGACUUCAUCGACAGCCACGUCCCUGGGGAGGACGACGAGCGCGGAGCUGCCGAGGAGCAGCGGCCCCCCGAAUUAAGCCCUGCGGCAGGGGAUAAGGAGAAGGCGCCAAGCAGCAGGCGGGAGGAACCAGCAGGGGAGGAGCGGCGGCGUCCAGACACCUUGCAGCUGUGGCAGGAGCGUGAGCGCCGGCAGCAGCAGCAGCAGCAGCAGCAGCAGAGCGGGCCGUGGGGGACCCCCAGGAAGGACGGUUUCCUGAAGCCGGGGAUUAGGGCUGCUGGGGGAGGGGCUGCCGCCUUGGCCACGCAAGCCACCUGCAACAGCCCAGCCAAGUCCAGUGCCACCCACCUGGGAGCUGCUGUGGGGCAGGGAGCCCCUACUGCUGCCCCCACCCCCCAGGAGCUCCUUCCUGUACCUGGGCCAGCGACAGCACCUGCUCCCCGGCCGCUCGGCUCCAUUCAGAGGCCAAACAGCUUCCUCUUCCGUUCCUCCUCACAGAGUGGCUCAGGCCCUUCCUCACCAGACUCUGUCUUGAGGCCCCGACCAUCCCCCCAGGUUCCCGACGAGAAGGAAUUAAUGACUCAACUGCGCCAGGUCCUCGAGUCACGGCUGCAGCAGCCCCUGCCUGAGGACCUGGCCGAGGCUCUGGCCAACGGGGUCAUCCUCUGCCAGCUGGCCAACCAGCUGCGGCCGCGCUCGGUGCCCUUCAUUCACGUGCCCUCACCUGCUGUGCCAAAACUCAGUGCCCUCAAGUGUCGGAAGAACGUGGAGAGUUUCCUAGAAGCCUGUCGGAAAAUGGGGGUGCCUGAGGCUGACCUGUGCUCGCCCUCGGAUCUCCUCCAGGGCACGGCCCGGGGGCUGCGGACCGCGGUGGAGGCCGGGCGGCGGGUGGGGGGCGAGGCCCCCCGACCCCCCGGG